AAUUGGGUGGCUUUCAAUCUUGUAAUGCGUUUUCGCGUUUAUUACAACCCAGUUAAUCCAUCACAUUUCUGCUAAUUUACUGUGAAUAAUAAAGAUUUUCCCAAUUUUUCACAAUUUGUUUCGGUAUAAUACAUAAAACGGAUUAAUGAUAAGUACGAGUUAGCAGAUUUGUAACGAUCUAUCAAUACAAUGAAAUAAAUUACAGCUGAACUAACAAUACUGAUUAUUUCUUUAAUUAUAAUCAACUAUCAGUAUUAGUAUAAUUACCAUAACUAAUAUCAAUCUUAUCAGCAUUAACUAAAAGUGAAAUAUAGACUUAUGUAUACUUUGGAAAAUCAUCAAAAUAAUUUCAACAAUGAUAAUCAUCAUCAACAGUAUCAAAAUGAUAAAUUAUCCAAUACAUUGUCAUCAUUAUCUUCAACAUCAUGUAUUGUAUACAAUGAUAACAAUGAUUUGGAUGAAUUGAGAAUUUUUCUUGAUGAAAAUGAAAAUGAUAUAACUGAUCAAGAUACAAGUGGUUAUGAAGUUUCUGAAGAAUUAUCAACAAAAGUUGUUCGUAGAAAUUCAUCUUUAUCUCUUACUUCAUCAUCUUCCUCUUCAGUAUUGUUGAAAUCUUUCCAUAGACCUAUUCAAUCAGCAUCACUGAAAACAUCUAGACCAUGUAGGGACAUUAAUUUCACUCAUAAUAAAGUUUAUACAUAUCCUUAUCCUACAAAACAAACUUCAAACUGUACAAUGUUAAAUGCACAAUCAUAUAAACAACAAAGUAAAGAAAAUCUUAUUCCAAAAAAUAAACAUAAUGAACAAUAUAAAACUAAAAAUUAUCAUCACACACAUUCUAUCAUACAAAUGUCAAAGAAAAAUUCAGCUUCAAAUCAAAUGAAAAAUUGUCAUUCAAAUAAUCAUAAUAGUCUUUUUAAAGAAAAUCCCAUGAAAACAGAACAAUUAAGUUGUAAUACAUCUUCUCAAGAUAUGUUAAACAAAAAACUGCAAUCCAAUCGAACUGAUCAUAAAAUAGACAAACAAAAAAUUAAAGAAUAUAAAUUACAAAAUAAACCGUUUAAUUUUGAUAAAGAAAAAUUAACCAAAAGAAAAAUGGAUAAUAUGAACAUUCAAUACUGUUCAAUUAACAAUUCAAAAACCUGCUCUAAAAAGGAUUUAUCUUCAAUAUGCACUUUAAACGGAAAUAAACAUGUACAGGAAACAACAACAGAUUUAUGUCUCAUGUCAAAUUCAAUGUUAUCUCGUCCUUCUACAUCUAACUCCUCAUGUAAAAUGUAUCAUGAUAAAAAAUCUAAUUCACUCUGUUCAAAUGAUCACCAAUUCAAUAGUGUACCUUCAUCCGGUAAAGAUAGGCGAGCAAUUUCAAAAGCUGAAGAUGAAAAACGUCAAGCAAUUAGAAAAGUUCAAUUAUUAGCUUCUGAAGCAGCAUUAAUAUCGGCUAGACAGAAAGCGUUGGAACUUAGACAAGCUAAAUUACUAGAAAUUCGUAAAAAUUUACAGUUUAAACAUAAACAAGCUGAAGCUCGUAGAAAAGCUAUUGAAGCUUCAAAACAGCAACGCUUCAAUCAGUUAUCUAAACAGUUUCAAGAUUCUUAUCAACAAAAAACUAUCUCGAACCAUUCACAACAACAGAAAUAUCCUAACAGACCUUAUUCUUGUGGAUCUCAUUUAAUUCAUAAUUAUCAAAAAAUGAAUAACAAUAGUACAAAUGUAUCUACAUCAAAGAAUACAAAUGAAUCAAUCACAUCAACAACAUCUAUAACAACAAUAACAACGAUCAAUACUAAUAAUGUUACAACUACAUAUCCUAUUGGUUUUGGUUCUAGUACACCAAGAUUUGUAUGUUAUACAAAUAAAGAGUUAAUGCAUUUCAAACAUCAUCCAUCUAUAAAACAUAUAAAUAAUUCAAAUAGAAUGAAUACACAAUUAUCAAACAAAAUAAUAAAACAUUCCAUGGAUCAAUUUCAUAACUAUAAUGAUAAAAGAAUUAUUAAUUCUUCUAGACAAAAUACUUAUACUAAACAUUCUCUCUUUUUUAAAUAUGACAAUUAUUAUUAUACAAACAAAUGUCUUAUUAAAUCAGCACAUCAAGAUACUACUAAUUGUAUUAAUAAUACUGAUAAUAAACUUUAUGAUCAUAAUUGGCAAAGUUUAUCACUUUACUUAGACUGUGAUUCAAUUGAUACAAGAAUAACCAUAGAAAAUGAUCAAUCCGUCAUUCCAACAGAGCAUCACAUUCAUAAAACUACUACUAUUCCUACUACUAACAUUGUUGAUAGUAAUAUUAACAGUCGGAAGUUAAACUUUUCAACACAAUCCACAACUCUACCUUCAUUCACCACAAAAAAUUCUUUGGAGAAGUCAACAAAUUCCUCUAAGUCAAUGAGAUUAACAAAACAAUCGAGUAUACAGUCACUGACAUCCAUGAUGUUAUCAUCUUCAAUGUAUGAUUCAUCAAAACAAUCUUUACCUGUAAAACAAAACUGUGCACCACUUAAAAAUUUCAAUAAAUCUGAUACCUUUAAAUCUAGAAAUAUCAAUAAUACGAAGCAUAAAAUAGUUCAUUGUCAAACUGAAAAUUCUCAUAAGUUACUUAAUGCAAGUAAAACUAACUUAAAACAAAUGAAUUCUUCAGAUGUUCAAUGUUUAAAUAAAUCAUUCAUUGAUCAGAGGAAACCAAAUUCAAAUGAAAGAAUAGAAGAGAAGAGUAUUGAAACACUACCCAGCAUAACAACAACAAUAACUCAAGGAAAUGUAGAGAAAACAUUAACAGACAGUUCGAAUUCUUCUCCUGUAUUCAAAGAUCAUCACAAAAUAGCAAACUUAAUUAUUGAAGAAAUCCUUAAGGAAAUAACAGAUGAAAACCUUUCGAAAAUAACACAAUCUUCAUUAAAAACAACAGAUGAAUUAUUUAUGAAAACAGAUCCAAAUGAAGCUAAAGUUAUAAAACAGCAAAUGGAAUCACUAAGUAUAACAUCUACUGUUGGAAUUGAAUCUUCUACCUUAUCUUUAACUUCAUCACUAUCAACAGCAUCAUCAUUUUCACUGUUAUCAAAUACAACAACAAUUCCUGGAACCGUAAUAGAUACUCUUGCUGUUACAACUUCUAUAAUGCAAAUUUCACCUGCAACUAUUACUUCAACAAAAACUUCAUUUACUGAUAAUUCAUUGACAAUACCUAAAACACUACAGUUUGAUCAUCUAACUAUGAAUAUUAUAGAUUCCAAUAAACAAAUUGUAAAUAUGACAACAGAAUCAAUACUCAAUAAACUAGAUAAAUCUAUAAUUACUGAACAACCAAAAGUGACGAACAAUAAUGAUAAUGAAACACAAAUAAAGAACAACUGUCAAUCAAAUUUGAUCAAUAUUCGAGAAAAACCUAUUCAAAUUGUACAUCCAUUUAAUUCGACUAAUUUAUCUCAAUCUGGAAGAUUAGUUAUUUCAUUAUCAGCUGAAUUAGCUGAACGUGAAGCACGUAAAAAACGUUUAGAAGGUAUUAUGUCACGUAUAAAACUACAUUCUAAAGAUUAUAAUCAAACAAUAAAUCAAUCAUCUAUUAAUAAAUUAACAAAUACAAUACAAGAUAUAGAACAAAUGAAUGUUAUAAGUAAAUCACAACAAGAAAUAACUUCAGUCGUAGAUAACAUAACCAUUUCAUCAUCAACUCCAAGUUCACCGAUAUAUAGUUCAUCAUUAACGAAUAUUAAUUCACAAGAAACAAAUAACAACAACAUAUCUACAUUGUGUCAUUUAGUCAAUAAUAUUAAUUCAGAUCAAAAUCAUGAUCAUUCUAAAUAUAAAGAUGAAUUGAUCUUUCAUGAUAACAAUGAUGAUCAUAAUAGUAACAUUGAUAAAUAUGAAUAUAAGAAUCAAUCCAUUCAAUCAGACAGUAAUAAUACUAAUAAUGAUAUAAUAAGAAAUCGUAUAUCUAUUAUUGAUAAUAUGUUAUCUUCUGGUAGAUUGGAUAGAAAUAGUCGUGCAGCUGAAGUAUUAAUUACUAUGAUAACAAAAAAUCAAUCCAAUUUAAAUGAGAAUAGACAUUUAGAGAAUAUACAUGAACUGGAUGAUGUUAUUAUAUCUGAUUACAAGUACAAUACAAAUACAUCUAAUGAACAGGCAAGUUAAACAUCAUAAUCUUUCAAUUAUAUUAUCAAAUUCAUAACAAUUAUACAAUCUUCUAUGUAAUAUGUCAAUAGGUUAAAACAAACAUUGAUUCAUAUGAAUUACACAUUGUAUUAUAUCAUAUUUGACAUUUAUAAAGAUAUCGUUUUUAUUUGAUUAUUUAAAAAGAGAGAAAAAAGAGAGUUAUGUUUGAUACCAUAUAAAUCUAGUUGUUUUACCUUAUGUAAUAAUAUUGAUGAUGGAGCGAUGAAUGUUACAGGUUAUAGGCUUAGAUUGACAACGAUCUAUUCCUAUGUGAUUAAUGUCCACGAAGAAGAAAUACUUCUUUCGAGUUGUAAACAGAUUAUAGAGUAUUGUGUUGCCUUCUAGCUAUUUAGAAAUGUAUUGGGUAGUGUUGUCUCUUACAAAAAUAGAAUAUUCUUAUAUACAAUAAGCGUGUUUUUGGAAAACGU